AACUGCAGACGGGAAAGACACUGUAAAUUAAUACACAUAAAAGAAUCAAAUCAGAGAAUGAAAUCAGCAUCAAAUCAACUCAAUCCAUUCAUCAGCAAGCAAGUAGACAAAUAAAGCGAUCCCAGUUACGUAAUCACCCUGCGACUAAGAAGACGUCGUUGCGUGAAGUGACGUAUUUAGAGCGACAGAAUCCUGGAAGCUGUUACAACCUUACGGACUCAAAACAAUACUUAAUAUAUAUUAUACCUUAAGUCUCGUUUAUUUAAGAGUAAAUAUGGCACAGUAUAAGGGAGCCGCCAGCGAAGCUGGGAGGGCUAUGCAGCUUAUGAAAAAGCGUGAAAAGGAGCGGGAACAACUGGAACAGCUAAAGCAGAAAAUAGCAGAGGACAAUAUGGUGAAGUCCAAUAUUGACAAGAAGUUCUCUGCCCACUAUGAUGCUGUGGAGGCUGAGCUGAAGUCUAGUACUGUAGGCCUGGUGACUCUCAAUGACAUGAAGGCCAAGCAGGAAGCACUGGUUAAGGAGAGAGAAAAGCAACUGGCCAAGAAAGAGCAGUCCAAGGAGCUUCAGCUGUGAGUGAACUAUGUGCCA